AAGAAAUUCUUGGUGUUUGGUGAUGGUUGUGUUUAAUUCAAACCCGUUGUGGCAGGACGCCCUCACGUGCACCUGCGCGCUCUCAGUUCAAGUUCAGACACACGCGGAGGUUCCAAGGCGUGUGAACGGAGCAGCUGUAAACAGCGGUGGCGCGCGCUCGCGGAUUUCGGUCCUCAAUGGGGAGAGCGCGAGAGACCGGCCGUGCGGAGAGGGUCGAAGGCGACGUCUCUCCAGCUGUCGUUUAACUGGACUUAUACAAGAACUGGACCGGAAACUGAGUCGCGGAGGGACGUCGCUUUGAGGCUGGAAAACACGGAAUUACUGCUCAGAAAUGCUCAUUUUCUAAGUUGCAUUCUUUCAUUUAACGACAGUCUUGCUCCUCAAGACCAUCGUAGACACAAAUAAGCGUUUUUAACGACACACACUGGUGCCAAAACCAGUCACACAUUGCACUUAAUGGUUUGACACUUCUGAGACGGGAAUUCUACCGAAACGGGAGCCCAUCAUCUGAUCUCACGCAUCGGAUUCCGUCGCCGCCGAGUGAAUUAAUGAAUAAAUAAAGUCUGUCUGACUGACUGGACAUAGCGGCGUCUCAAAGCGUCUCAGCUCAAGCGUCAAUGUAAAGAAGCUGUACGGCAAGAGGAGGAAGAAUUGGAUGAGGAGGAAGAGGGGUGAAUCCACGCCAGCGUGAUCCUUCAAUCAUCAAUGGGAAAUACCGGAGACCUUCUCGUGCGUCGCCGCGCUCUCACCGUGAGUGAGUUUUAAAAGAGCGCGCGGCGAGGGAGAAAGAGCACUAAGUUGAACGUAUUCGUGAAUCAACAGAAGAACCGGGUGGAAAAAAAAAUGUUUUUAUGUGGCACAUGAAUGAGAAAACAAAGCGCGUCACCGAGCUCCCCAGGGCUUGUUGAGGAUGUGGAAAUGUUUAAUUGUUGACGAGGGUGAAGAUGGCAGAGGCUUCGUGAGGAAGAUACCGAGCGUGUUUUUGUGAGAGAGGGUGAAGUUCGUUCGACAUGCCCGAGAAUGUCUCCCUCAUCAGGAACCGGACGGAAGUCGGGCAGGGUCGCGCUUGGGGUAGCGGAGCAGGCGCGCGGCCAGCGUGGGUCGUCAUGGUGCUCGCCGGUGUGCUGAUCUUCACGAGCGUGGUGGAUGUGCUCGGUAACGUGCUGGUGAUCAUCUCGGUGCUCAGAAAUAGAAAACUGAGAAACGCGGGUAAUGCAUUUGUAGUGAGCCUGGCUUUCGCCGAUCUCCUGGUGGUUUGCUAUCCCUACCCUCUGGUCUUGCAUGGCAUGCUGCACGCGGGCUGGUUGCCGGGGGAGAUGGAGUGUAAGGUCAGCGGCUUCCUGAUGGGAGCGAGCGUCAUCGGCUCCAUCUUCAACAUCACCGCCAUCGCCAUCAACCGCUACUGUUUCAUCUGCCAGGCCAACACCUACGAGAAAAUCUACGGCCGCGCCGGAACCUUGGCACUACUGAUGUUAGUCUGGGUGCUCACCGCCAUCGCCAUUCUUCCAAACCUGGCACUGGGGUCGUUGACGUACGACCCUCGCGUUUAUUCAUGCACCUUUAGUCAAACGACAAGCGCGGGCUACACCAUUGCUGUGGUGACCGUGCAUUUCCUGCUUCCUAUCGCGGUAGUAACGUUCUGCUAUCUGAGGAUUUGGGUGCUGGUGCUCCGUGUGAGGAGGCGGGUCACAACCGACGUCAGGCCACGCCCCCGUCCGAGUGAGUUACGCCACUUCUUGACCAUGUUCGUCGUCUUUGUGCUGUUUGCCGUCUGCUGGGCGCCACUGAAUUUGAUUGGCCUGGCUGUAGCGGUGGACCCGCCCCGUGUAGCGCCCUUGGUCCCUGAUUGGCUGUUUGUGGUGAGUUAUUUCAUGGCAUACUUUAACUCCUGCCUGAACGCCGUAGUGUACGGACUGCUCAAUCAGAACUUCCGCAGAGAAUAUCGAAGAAUACUUCUGUCACUUUGUAAGCCACGCCUCUUCCUGCAGGAGACAUCAAAGGGCGGAACUGAGCGCAGCAACAAACAGUCACCUGGCAACAACAAUAACGAUGAUCAGCCCAAAGCAAACACAAUAUAACUUACCCACAAUGCAUUUCAUUGUUCAGAGAUAUCAAAGAAAGAAUGCUGCAAAAAUGUUUUAAAUUAUGUCCACUAAUCUUUUAAAAAUGUCGUUUUUGUCUCACAUUAGAUACCACCCCAAUACUUCAUUUGUUGGAAACCAUACAAUUAUAAUAAUCCUCAGUAUUAGAAAAAUUUAUUACAUCUCAGAAGUAUUACAAUCACAUUCAAUUAAUGCAUGCUAAUGUUUGAGAACAGUGCAAUAAAUCAUUACCAGACAAAAGGUGCAAGCUUGAGAAAGACAAAGACUGCAGAACAUUUUCAUCUUCUCCAAACAUGCGCCCCUAGAAAAUAACUUAUAUUUCUCACUGUUAGUUGGAGGCUGUUUUCUCCAGCCAUCCAUAAAUUCUCACCUAACAGAUCUCUCACAAGAAGGCAGCACCAGAGGACUUGCACAGUUUCACAAGUCUUUCCCUAAUGAUAUAACAAUAUUAAAGAAACGCUCCCUGAAUGCUUACACAUUUGUGACCGUUCAGCACCUUGACAUACGUUUUCCCGGCAUUCCAACAGUGUUAGCACUUUUGGCACUGUAGAGCCUCCCCUUGUGCUAUGCAACCAAUUAAUUUUAAACUCAACGGAGAAAGUGUAAAACUAGGGCUCCCUUAGGUUUGCAGCAGAGGUUAUCCAAAUGUUCCCCAAAACACUGCAGCAUCGUCCUUGUAAAACUCCCCUAUUGCUAUGCAAACUCAACGUGAGCAACCCCCACAGCUGCAUUCAUACAAACACUGUGGAACUCUUCCUAUAUCCUUCCCACAAAAUUGCUCUACUAGGUCUGUGGAUGCAGUCCUAUGGGAAUAUGCCAAAAUGCUGCAAGAAAAUGUUUUUAUAUUCUCCAUAGGUUAAAAAACAAAACAUCACACGCUCCCUAUGUCUGCAUGUGCACCAGAACAGAUCUGCACAUACUGCAAGUUACACCGUACUUACAUUGAAUCUAUUAACAGGGUUCAAAUGAUCAACACAAUUUAAUCAUAUAAAAAAAUGAGCGUAGGGCUUCAUAUUUAUUUAACACAAUGAAUAGACUUUGUCAGCAUCUUUAAUUUCUUAACAGUCUGAUUUAUAAGAAGAAGAAGAAGAAGAAGAAGACAAAAGUUAAAAUAAUCUUUAUUAAUAUACCAGCAUGUCAUUCUGUGUCAAUAGACAUUUUAUACAUACACACUUCAAGAUGCCAGUCAAUCAAACCACAAAAUUAAAGAAGGACCAAUUCUUCAUGAAAUACAUUUGAUAGCUUUGAUAUACUGUAUGAUCAAUUCAUACUGAUACAAUCAUUUAUAGAUAGUUAGAAAGUCAAAACUGCACAGUGAGGAAAGUUUCCAUCUCAGUCAUCCAUAUCAGCGACUAAAAUUACAUUUUAAAGUUUCACUUCACAAAUAAUAUAAGUUUUACUUUGCGUACCCAGUACUAGUAGUCUGUCUGUCUGUGAUGAUAAGCAAUGGGCUCUGGCUGUUACCGUUUCACAAAGAACAAGCUUUGUGUUCCACUGCGCCGCUUUUGAAUAAUUUUUGAAAACCCAAAUCUUUGAUUCUACCUUUUCAGUACCUUUUCACAUGCACACCCCGUUUUUAAAUUGGUGUUUACGGUUAACUUUUAAAGCACGAGUCGAGAUCCUGUAAUCUUUUCCAUGUCACUGAGCUGUGUUUUGCUCAUUUAAAAGCAAAAAAGCGUUCUGUGUAAAUGGCCUCUUGUAUCAUGUCAGCUCACCGCAGUUUUAAAGCCCGCCGACAUUUAUAUAGCCAGCUAUUCGGCGGUAAGUUUCAAUAAACCGUCAUUGACUGAAGUGCUGGAUGAGGAAAUAAUAAAACUGUUCAGCGAAAUUGAGUACUUUUAACUUCUUAGCUUUUUAGAGAAUGGAAUGUUAAUAUUAUUUAGUUUAGUUUAAUUAGUCACCUUACUAAUUGGUCCUUAUUCCUGACAUUCGUUCAAAGAAAAGUUGUAAGUUACUGAUUUUUAAUGCCUUUUCUUCUGGUGUAAUUCAUUUUUAGUAAUUAAUGGGGUCAUAUGAUAUAUUUUCAUGUUUUCCUUUUUCAUUAGUGUGCUAAGAUCUGCAAAGUCACAAAGCUCAAAGUCUCCCACAAAAGGAUUUUUUUCUAUCGAUUAGCGAUUUUGGCCAUGAUUUGGUCGUCUGAGACAAAUUUUGAAAAUCCUAAAGAUUCCUAUAAUCCUAGGCUAAAAUCUGUAGUCUUUAAUCGCUGGUUUGACAUGUUCACCGAGGGCCGAGUAAUGGCCGCUGCAAUCAAAUUUUACCUCCGACUAAAUUCUGGCAGUGUCAGAAGAUUUGGCGCACUGUCCUGCAGUGUGACUUCUCCUAUGACGAACGUCAAACUGUCUUCGUUUUUCAAGACAAGCCAUGAUCAGAAUUAAUGCUAGAGAUUUCUUCUAACCACAUAAACUCCAGUUGCGCCACUGUUUUCAUGUGGGUGUGUAGUGCUGCUUGCACUAUUAAAAACGCUGCAGUUCAUAUGCUUUUAAUGACAGCCAACAUUACAGCCCUGCCUGCAAUUCAGCUCGUAGUCACUGAACGUGUAUAAGUUGAUAAUGUAAGACUCCGGACAAGUUUCCUCGCGUACACCCGUUUUUAACGCGUCUUGACUGUCGUACAGUCUACCAUUAAUGACAACUGAGAUCCCACAGUGUGACAUGAUCAUCAUGUUCAUACAGUCUGACAAGUACAAUCCUAAAGGACUUUUAAAAAUUGCACAGUGUGAGCCCGGCUUAAAAGAGAUGGCUGAUCCAGACUGGCCAAAACACCUCAAUCGAAUUCUCCCUCACAUAUCUAUAUCACUAACAGGGAAUAUUUGCAUAAUGCUGCCCAAAUGUAUACGCAAAGAAAGAAGGCAUGGGGUGCAUCUCAGUCAGCUCCCUAGCUCCCGACAUCAGCUUACAGUAGGGCUGUGCGAUAUGGACAAAAAAAAAAACCUAUCGCGAUUUCUCUGAUCAGUUUUGCGAUUUAGAUUUUAAUCACGAUUUUGACACACACAGACAUGCUUUACAGUCAUAAAUGCAUUCAGUAUGAAUUUGAAACAUAUUUCCAAAAGAAAACCAAUUAGAGCUUUAUCAAAAAGUUG